CUUUCAAGGGAAGAAGCCAUCAAAUAUUUGCGAGACGUGAAGGGAGACCUGGACACCAUGAGAACAGAGGCAGCCAUGAAACGCAUCAUUAAAGAGGACACCGCGGGUCUCAUCCUUCGGUCAUCUCAGCAGCAACUUUCAAGGGAAGAAGCCAUCAAAUAUUUGCGAGACGUGAAGGGAGACCUGGACACCAUGAGAACAGAGGCAGCCAUGAAACGCAUCAUUAAAGAGGACACCGCGGGUCUCAUCCUUCGGUCAUCUCAGCAGCAAGGGAAUGUUCCAGCUUAUCAAGUGCCACCCUCAAGGCCAAAUAUCCUGCUGGGAGAUGAUUUGGCAGACAAUGAUUUGGAUGCUGAACAAACCAGACGGGACUUUUUGGCUGGAAAUCCGAUGAAAUCAGCUCCAGCAGCUGCAGUUCCACAACGACACUCGUCCCUGGAGGACGACUUGUCCGAGGUUGAAUUUUCCGAACUUGUAGAACGACUCAAGUUCGUCGACCUCAUCUACACUGAAUACGGGCUCGAGGACGUGCUCUACAAGCUCGCAAAACUCAUGUUCGACGACAGCUUGGCACAUGAUGUCGGAACACCGCAUUCAAUCCUUUCGAAAUUGAACGCAUAUCUCGCGUCAGAAGAGAAGGAGGGUCGUCUCACCCCGGAUCUCACCAAGAGGAUUCAAGGUAACGUUCUAAAGCCGAACUUCGAUCCGUUAACGAUGCUUGUAUCUUUAAAAGGGGUUCCUCAAAGUCUUACCCACAAACCAUCAUACUUCUGA